UCAGCUUCCAAUUCCUGCGUUUGUCUCGGGAACUGUAAACUUCGUCGUACAAUUGCAAUACCUACGCUUAUUCCCACUCUGGUUCUGGAUUUAGCUACGGAAGUGGAGAAAGAACCAUGAACAUGAACAUCUUCAGGAAGAAAACCUCGCCCAAAGAUGCUCUUCGCACCAGCAAGCGAGAAAUGGCUGUUGCAACUAGAGGCAUUGAGCGAGAAAUUUCAUCUCUUCAGUUGGAGGAAAAAAAUUUGGUGGCAGAGAUAAAGCAGACUGCCAAAACUGGAAAUGAGGCUGCAACUAGAAUCCUAGCUCGACAGCUUGUUCGUCUACGCCAACAGAUAACUAAUUUGCAAGGGAGUCGUGCCCAAAUUCGAGGUGUAGCUACUCAUACACAGGCUCUAUACGCUAGCACUUCAAUGUCUACUGGAAUGAAGGGUGCAACAAAAGCAAUGGUUGCAAUGAACAAGCAAAUGGCACCAGCAAAGCAGGCAAAAGUGAUUAAAGAGUUCCAGAAACAGUCGGCACAGUUGGACAUGACGAUUGAAAUGAUGUCAGAGUCUAUAGACGAAACUUUAGAUAAGGAUGAGGCAGAAGAGGAAACCGAGGAGCUUACGAAUCAGGUGCUUGAUGAGAUUGGUGUUGAUAUUGCAUCUCAGCUAUCUUCUGCGCCCAAAGGCCGGAUUGCAGCAAGAAAGACUGAAAAUAUUGUUACAAGCUCUGAAUCUCCUGACGUUGAGGAGCUCGAAAAGAGGUUGGCCUCUCUUCGACGAAUGUUCGCGCGAGGAGGAUCGGGACAAGCAGCUAUGCAGAGCCAACUUGUAUGCAGUGGGUGUAGGAGCAUUCUUCUUUAUCCUGGAGGGGCUACUAAUGUAUGCUGUGCAUUAUGCAAUACAGUCACCUCAGUUCCUCCUCCUGGAACAGAUAUGGCUCAACUUAUAUGUAGAGGUUGCAGGACAUUGCUUAUGUAUGCACGUGGGGCAACAAGUGUUAGAUGCUCAUGCUGCCAUACAGUGAACCUUGCACCUGCUACGAACCAGGUGGCACAUGUUAACUGUGGAAACUGUCGAACAACACUCAUCUUUCCCUAUGGAGCUCCAUCUGUCAAGUGUGCGAUUUGUCACUAUGUUACUAAUGUUGGUAUGUCCAACGUGAGGGUUCCUAUUCCAGUGCACAGACGAAAUGGAACAAUUAGCUCUGGGAUGCCCCCUGCAUCAUCAUCUCAGAGCCAAACUGUUGUAGUUGAGAACCCUAUGUCUGUUGAUGAAAGUGGCAAAUUGGUGAGCAAUCUUGUUGUCGGUGUCACGACGGAUAAAAGGUAACGUGGUGGAGAAGAUGGUUGAUGGCAUUUACUAUUAUCGGUUUAAAAAGGAUGGGAGGAAGCGAUCUAUAUAUAUAUAUCUUUAGUACAUUACUAUACUGCUUGGGAUAUGAAUAUGGUUUUGGAAAUUUCUGUAUAGUUUGUCUCUGGAUUUUCCCUCGAAGUCACCAUUCAUUAUUGAGUCAACGUCAAUUUGAGGUUCAGAUAAGUUUUUACCCUGGGAAUGUGAUGUAUAUUGUGGACCAGAAGAAUUGGAUAUAUAGUGUGAUUUUCUGUACCGAAUCAUUGAGCUGUCUCGCAAGUAAAAAUAUUAUACAUCCAUUUUAUCCCCCUUAGGUAAAUGAGUAUAAACCCUGUCUUGUAAUUCUGUUUCCUUGAUUGGUGAUAUGAUAUGCAUUUCGAAUUUCAUUGGUUUUGUUCA